AUGAAUAUUAUUCCAGGUCUCCCUAAAGAUUUGGGAUUGCAAUGUCUCGUAAAGGUGCCAUACAAACUCCACAAGCACCUUAGGGCCGUCUGCAAGAGCUGGAAUGCUGUGCUGAGCAGUCCCAACUUCUAUAAAGAGCGACAACACCAUAAUGAGUGCGAGGAGGGAAUAGCUUAUUUUCACAUAGGAGACAGACCAACUGAUUGGGAAGUAAUUAUUUACUACCCGAAUGGGAGGUGGUGGGAAAGACUGCCCCGAACCACCGAAGAUUUUAUUUUAGAUUGGCAAGUCUGUUUUAAAGAGUGUAAUUGUGUAUACGUUAGAUCAAAACAAGUUCUGGUCGCCAUGGGGCUUCUCAACAAGUACGACGAAAGAGCAACUGUUUUGAUGUUUAAUUUUUUAUCUCGCACCUGGCGGCGGGGGCUGAACAUGCCUUUCCGUCUUUGGAACCGUGGACGCGCACUGUCACCAUCUCCUCAAGGUCUUAUCUAUAUUGCCGGUUGUAUGCGCGAUGGUACCAAUCCCCAUGUAGUCCAAUUUUAUGUAUACAAUGUAGAGCAAAACGGGUGGGACUUUCUACCUCCCAUCAAUCCCGAUUGGGUUCAAAAUUUCUGUGUUGCUGAGUUUGUGGACGACAUGUUUUAUCUACUUCCCAGUCAUGCGCGUACCGCGCAUAUUUAUGAUCCCCACUCACGACUAUGGAGAACCAUAAAUAUAGACAGUAACGGCCAAGGUGUUGAUAGAAUUGUAUCUGCUUUUGGGAACUUGUAUGGGUUUUCGUGUAUAGAAUCUUUUGGGACAGACUUUGUAAUCGUGAAACAAUUCGAUUUCGCCAACAGCUCAUUUAUUAGAGUUGGACAAUAUCCUGCCCAGAUUUAUGAUGUUGAAUGUGCCGUAUUAUGUGGUGAUUAUAUAUUUGUAAUUCCCAUGGACUUCGAAGAUGUUUACUACCAAUUUAAUCCUUCCGAGAUAGAAGAAGGAAAAAGAUGGACUGAAAUUGAAAUGCCCGCAGAGUUUCCAACAGAAAAUUCCGUAUCGGCUACUGCUGUGCAAAUAUGA